AUGGAGCCCGGAGGCCAACUCCCCGGAUCCAUAGAUGUCACUAUCGAUGAAGAUCUUGUGGACAAGAAUAAGCCCGGUGACAGAUUCAACGUCAUGGGUGCAUUCAAGUCGCUGAGUGCUGGGGGUAUGAACCAAUCCAACUCUAACACGCUGAUUGGGUUGAAGACGCUGAUCCUAGGUAACACGGUAUAUCCCAUGCAUGCAAGAUCUACACGUGUCUUUGCAAGGCAAGUCUUGACAGAUUUAGACAUAAGAAACAUCAACAAACUGUCAAAAAAGUUAACGUUUUUGUUGUUUUGGCCCAGUCCCUGA